AUGGUCGUCGCAACAAUCAAGUGCGUCGUCGUCGGUGACGGUGCUGUCGGCAAGACAUGUCUGCUCAUCAGCUACACGACCAACAAGUUCCCCUCCGAAUACGUGCCUACUGUCUUCGACAAUUAUGCUGUCACGGUAAUGAUCGGUGACGAGCCCUACACGCUUGGAUUGUUCGAUACCGCGGGACAGGAAGAUUAUGACAGACUGCGGCCUUUAUCGUAUCCACAGACAGAUGUAUUCCUCGUCUGCUUCUCCGUCACGUCACCGGCAUCGUUCGAGAACGUCCGCGAGAAAUGGUUCCCCGAGGUCCAUCACCACUGUCCCGGCGUGCCCUGCCUGAUUGUUGGCACGCAGGUGGACUUGAGGGAUGACCCUAGCGUACGGGAAAAGCUGUCCAAGCAGAAGAUGCAGCCUGUCCGGAAGGAGGAUGGCGAACGGAUGGCCAAGGAACUCGGCGCCGUCAAAUAUGUCGAGUGCAGUGCUCUGACACAAUACAAGCUCAAGGACGUGUUUGAUGAGGCCAUUGUCGCCGCAUUAGAGCCACCGGCACCCAAGAAGAAGUCGCACAAGUGCCUCAUUCUCUGA